AGCAUUCAUUCAAAUGAACAACGAGGGCAGUGCUUCUCAGGCUGCAAUGGCUAAACACAACAAUUAUUUGUCUUUAGGCAAAAAACAACGGUACAUCGAGGUGUUCCAGUGUUCUGGUGAAGAUAUGCAUCUGGCGUUGACUGGCGGAGGUGCCGCGUCAGGAGCUUUGUCCCCGGUAGCUGCCAGAGCACAAUUAUCACCACCUGGUAUGUUACCUGCACAACCUCUAAUGACCACCAGCCAGGUGGCUAAUCCUGGAACCCCAGUAUUUACCCAAAUGCCCGCUUGGGAUCCAAUAUCAGUUUAGCCCAAAAUCUAGCCCUCCAGCGUGCAGCUGUGGCAGCUGCCCAAAAACAACAACAACAGGAA